UUCUACCAGUAACCCUAAUUAUACGCGAGUGGCUCAUACUCAUUGGAUUGCCAAAAACCCUAUGGUGCGGUUAGAUGUGGUUGGUGAAGGACAAACCGAAGCCAAUCUGGUGUACUACGGCGGUGGUUCCUUUGAGAGAUCGUUUAAGAGUACUCGGCAAAGGAAACUUUAUCUGACACGUCUGCUGAUGAACCAAUUCAUUGCGGUGAAAGAAUUGAUCAAUGAUUUCACAUUUGCGCAUCCCGAGUUGUCUGCAAAGGAGACUUGUUCAUCUGGCAGUGCAAGAAGAAGAACCUCUCCUUGGAUGAUGAUGAUGAAUGAGACUGUCAUGGAGCACAAACAACAACACUCUGCUGUCCCUAAAACAACACUUGAAGAGGAGCUAGCCGAGCGAAAAAAGAGUCUUCGACUUAGAGAAUUGGCCUUGCUACAGACUGUGCUAGAACUACGAAUCAAAAAGAAAAAUUUUAAAAUGUAAUACAGAUAUUAUUAGAUCAUAUGCAUUUAAGGAAGAUUAUGUUUUGAAAACAAACAGAAAGCUUAAUGUCUCUCUCCUUCCAUUAUUAUGGAGUUUAGUCUUGACGACCCAGAUACAGAAGACAGUAAAGCCUGAUUACGUCGUUCA